AUGGUCUUAGCUACUUUACUCCUUCAGGCCUUGUUGCUUGUGCCUGUUUGGGGUCAUUACUACGUGGCCAUAAAUGGCAACGACUCUGGACCUGGCUCGGCUACGGCCCCUUUUCGUACCUUGGAAAGGGCUCAGAAGGCUGUCCGAAGCUCAACGAAUGGGAUGAAGUCCGAUCUUUACAUUUACGUGGGUCCUGGUACCUACUAUCUCAAUGAGCCGUUGAAGUUCACUAGCGAGGACUCCGGUCAGAACGGCCAUCGCGUCGUCUGGCAGGCCCAAGAUAUGACCAAAGGAGCCAGCAUCUCUGGUGGGGUUCCCAUCACCAAGUGGAAGGCCUCCAGCGCCGGCAAAGGCAUCUAUGAAGCUCAAGCCCCAGCCUUCACCACUCGUCACUUCUACGCGAAUCAGGCCCACGCACAGCGAGCUCGGUCACAAGUACAACGCUCAUGGGUCAACCAGACUGCCACUGGCUUACAAGUCGUGAAUGACGCGGCCAAAUACAUAUUGACCAUGCCUGGAUUGGAACAUGCCGAGUUCCAUGCUCACAACUCCUUCACGUCUCGCUAUAACCCUAUUACGGGGGCAUCGGCGGACACCAUCGUCAUGGCGCAACCGGCUUGGAAUAAUAAUCUCAUUGGGUACGAUACCUUCAAUAAACCAGAUGUCGACCAUGGUCUGUACGUUGAAAACGCAUUGUCUCUCCUUACGGAUCCAAACGAAUGGUACUUGGAUCCAGAGAGUCAUAUCAUCUACUACAUGCCACCUUCUGGCCAGGACCCAAAUAACAUGUAUCUCGUUCUGGCCAAGUUGGAGACUUUGCUCUUGGUAGGUGGCACAUAUGACCAGCCGGUCCAUGAUCUCACCUUCAGAGGCUUCAAUUACAUGCACACUACCUGGAAUCACAUGUCAACAGGCUAUGUCGACCAGCAGACAGGUGGCUAUAUUGGUUUGAAUAAAGCUUACACUGAUUUUGAAGCCGCUCGACCGUUUUGGUGGCAAGUCCCUGGUUCAAUUCAAGUCAGCGCGGCUCAAAACAUUUUGUUUCAAAACGGCAGCAUCGUCGCCCUGAUGGGUGGAUUCGGAAUAGGAAAUGAUCCCAAUGCACAUACAACCGGCGUUGGCCUCGGAGCAUCGGAUGUCGAGAUUAGUGGCAUGCUUCUCCAUCAGACGGGAGCCAAUGCGAUUACCGUCGGAGGCAUUCAAGCAAAAGCACACCACCCAUCGGACCCGCGUUUGCUCAACCAGAACACAAGAAUCCUUGAGAAUAUCUUUACGGACCUGGCAUACACCAUUGACUCGGCUGUUCCCAUCUUUGCCAGCUAUGCCAAAAAUACAUACAUUGUGCACAAUGAUGUUGUCAACGUCCCAUAUAGCGGCAUCUGCUACGGUUAUGGAUGGGGUUCUAACGAUGCGGGGUACACCGACCACGUUGCAAGUCCCAAUACGACCCUCACCGACAACUGGGUCAAGUCCCGCCAGGGAUUUGGGUACUACCUUGACGAAGGCUCCAGCUUCUACUAUAUUAACAACUCGGUUUUGGAUGUAUCUUCGACCUGGCUCGCUCGAAAUGAGCAACCAACUUACACGACAGGCAACAAUACCAUAGCCAAUUGCGCCUCAAGUUUUGCUCCAAGUGAUUCUCAUAAUCAGUACAACGACACCAUUGUCAAUUCUGCGCAAUGGAUAUCGUACCGGAGCAUGUCGCCCACGCAGAAGAGUAUCGUGUAUUUAGCGGGUAUUCCACCAGAUCAACGCAGUCGGAGGCCGUACUCGAUUGAUCAGGGACCUUUCUAA